UAGCACAUGCACAACAUGUAAUAAACAGGUAAAAAGUGAUAACAGUUACCUUGUGAUAUGUUAUGUGAAACUAUUUUGUCAAAUGGGAGGAUCUUUGGCAGUCUUGGGGCAUGCUCAGUUGCCCUGUUUUCGUCUAAGAACCUGUAACCAUCAAUCACCAGGGUCUGUUUUCCCCGUUCGCUUCGGUGCUCCACACCCAGGGAAGACGUUUAUUAGUCUGCUACACUCUUUGCCUGGGCCUUACAUAACCGGAGAGCCCGCCCCCUUUCUCGUCUUGCAAAAAGGAGCCGUAGCUGCGAUCACUCGAACAGUUUUGUUUUGCAAGUGUAGCAAGAAGGAUUUCAAGAGCCAAACUUUUCCUGUCAGACUUCUUUGACAACUAGAGCAAGGAGCAAGAGCAUUUUAAGUGAAGUAUUUUAUUUGGAAUUAACAAGCCUCAAGAUGAUUUUUGACAAUGUGAAAAAGUUUUACAUAGUCUUCGACUCUCCAGAAAUCGACUCACCCGUCUUCAGCAGCGGGGACGUUGUCUCUGGGAAAGUUGUUUUGGAUCUUGCAAGGGAAGGAAAAGUGCACUCGCUAAAGUUGCACGCCGAAGGUUUUGCUAAAGUGCAUUGGACCGAGUCUCGUUCUGCAGGGUCCAGUACAGCUUAUACUCAAAACUACAGCGAUGAAGUUGAAUAUCUCAACCGGAGAGAAGUGCUUCUGCAAGCAGAUAAUGGCGAGCUCACUCUCCUCCCAGCUGGUAGACAUGAGUUCCCAUUCAGUUUCCAGUUGCCUGAAGAGACACUGGUGACAUCUUUCGAAGGCAAGCAUGGAAGCAUCCGCUACUGGGUGAAAGUGAAGCUUCAUAGGCCCUGGGCUACAGUCAAGAAGAUCAAGAAAGAAUUCACAGUCAUUGAGCCCAUUGACAUUAACACCCCAGCAUUGUUGGCCCCCCAGGCCGGCACGAAGGAAAAGAUGGCCCGCGUGUGGUACCGAAACAUCGGACAGGUGUCUGUAACCGCAAAGAUCGACCGCAAAGGUUACACCCCAGGCGAGGUGAUCCCCGUCUUUGCCGAGUUUGACAACGCCACAUCUCGCUCCGUGGUGCCCAAGGCCUACAUCACACAGACGCAGACGUUUAUCGCCCGGGGGACCAUGAAGCAGAAGCGGGCGGUGGUGGCCACACUUAGCGGUGAAAUCGUGGGUGCCCAGCGCCGGGAGACGUGGCACGGUCGUGCCAUGAAGAUCCCGCCCGUAGGCCCCUCCAUCCUUCAGUGCCGCAUCAUCAGAGUGGAGUAUGUGCUCAGGGUGUGCGUGGAUGUCCCCGGGACCUCCAAGCUGUGCCUGGAGCUGCCCCUGGUCAUGGGCACCAUCCCCCUGCAUCCAUUCGGCAGCCGCACCUCGAGCGUCAGUAGCCAGUACAGCGUCAACCUGGAGUGGCUUCGCAUGGCCAUCCCCGAGCAGCCCGAGCCUCCUCCCGACUACUGUUCUGUGGUGACCGAUGAAGAGGCCCAGCAAAAUGCCACGUCCCCCCGUCCUGAGGAGGAACUGGGCGGGAUCCUGGAGCAUCCUUUUAGGGCCUUUGUCCAGGAAUUCCGCUUCCGCCCCCCUCCGAUGUACUGUGAGGUCGACCCAAACCCCCAGCCCCUCAACAUAAGACGCCGUUGCAUGACGUGUUGAGCCCUGAGACCCGCUUGAGUGUCACGCGAUGACCCAACUUAAACCAAACGAAGUGAAGAGAUUUGUCUUCUCCUCGAUUACUCUCCGAAACCGGCGACCCAGUCCCAAGAUGUGGCCUCUGUAGUUGGACGGGACUGGGAGUACCACACAGGGUGAAGGAGAUGGGAGGCAAAGGGACCUUUUCAUGGAAGAAGUCCUUUUUUUUUUAUAAAAAAAAAAAAAAAGAGGGACAUGUUCCGUAAAGCACAUGGAAAUAACAAGAGGAAAUAUUUUCUCAUGGUUUCUGACCUCCAAAGUGAUUUGUGCUCUGAUUGAGGGAACAGAGCUGCCCCUCCUGCCAAUCAAUGAUUCCCACGCAACAUGUAUUUUGUGUUUUACCGAGCUUGGGGAAAUAUUUCAGGAGGAUCACUUUAUUUUUUUAUUUUUUUAAGGGGGCGAGUUGGAGUUGCAGACGAUAGCUGUGCCUUAAAGAAUGCCAUGUGAUAUGUUCAGUUUACCUCUGCAAAUGAACAAAUGACCUGCUAAUUUGGUGUUGAUGCAGCUGUAACUAUCAUCUGUUCUCCCCAACCCCUCCCCCGUUGCCUGGUAACAUAGCCUAGAUGUGACGUUAUGUAUCAUGGUGACCGAAUCAUGACGUUCCCAUGACUGUUUCUACUUUUAGUCAAGCAAAUGAUUCCAAGUAAGCACUUAUCCGAGAAGUCAUGGUUUGGUGAAGAACAGUUGAAUAUUUAGCCACUGUACACGGGUAAUUCUAUGCAAAAGGGAAUACCAGAGGCCUUUAGUGUCAAGCGAAGAAAUUAUUGCAUGAGAGAUUCAGAAGCCGCAACUGUCCUCUGUACGGACAUGGUCAAUAUGUUCUGAAUGUUAAUACGACUGUAACGGAUGUGGGAGAAAACCCAUUCGGUUCUUUGCAUGUGGAUACAUUUGAAAGACAAGCUGGUGUUACGCUUAAGCGAGUUUGAUAGCACAAACCUGAGCAUAACAUAUCCUCAGAAAACCGAGGCUGGCACUGAUUGUCAGUAUAAAGUUUUGCAGCUAUGAUGAUGAGAGGAUGACGUGUGUGUUUGUAUUUGCUACAGGAUCAGAUCAUUAGCUUUGUAAUCAGCUAGAGAGGAAACAGCUGACCCGCGUAGUUCAGCCGUUUGAUUCAACCCAGAUGCUUGUGCCUUGACGUUUUCGAAAUAGUCUAUAAACGUUGACCACGUUACGCAGAAACGUUUGCUCACUGUUAUGUAACACCUUAAGUUGGGAGUUCACUUAAAGAAGUGUGUUUGAGAACAUUCCAGAAAAGAGGAUUUGUACCUCCUUUCCAAGUGGUGAAGAGACUGGUAACUUCAGGUCAGCAUUGCAGCUAGGCUGUGGUGCACUUUAGUGGCACAUGCCUAAAACUGAAUGUAUUUUAUACAAAUGCCAUUGUUGACUGAGCAGACAUGCCAAUGUUUUUGUAAUUAUUUUCCUAAUAAAAAAACUGAUAUAUA